AUGGAUUUAUACCAGCAACAACCGAUUAAUCUCGACCGACCUGCUAUUCGACUUCUUCAGCUUCUUAAAGGAACAGAAAACAUUCGAUGUAACCUUUUAACUGGAUGGUUCGAUGAACCCGAAAGCAUCAUCCCAUAUUCUGCUUUGCCAUACACAUGGGGAUGUACAAACAAGUCAUGCGGAAUCACGGUCGGCAAUACCACAAUCAAUGUCAUCCCAAACUUAAAUUCAGCACUUAUGCAUUUACGCCUUGAAGAUAAGGACCGAAUUUAUGGAUUGAUGCCAUCUUUAUCAAUCAGGAUAAUGUUCAAGAAAAGAUCCAUCAAAUUUGUCAGAUGGAUGCCAUAUAUAGGGCUGCCGAAGAAGUUAUUGUUUGGUUGGGCAAUGGUACUAAAGAGACCGACUUUAUUAUGA